GCCUUCCUCGGAGGAUGGCGACAAGGUUCCUCGUCCUGCUCGGCCUUCUGGCCGCCGCCGCCUCACUCGCGGCCGGCGAGUGCGAGUCGGAUUACUUCCCGUGCAAGGACGGCAGCAAGUGCGUUAUUGGGGGCAACAGGUGCGACGGUGGCAGCGAGUGUGACGACGGCUCUGACGAGGAGGGCUGCGACGCACUCCCCACGGUGGCCCUGCCGGUGAACGCCUCGGUCACGGCCCGCGUGCAGUUCGCGGAGGACCACAGCAGCAUCGAGCUGCACCUCCUCGGCAGCCCGAACUGCAGCAAGGUGUGGCUGUGGGGCGAGGGGGACGACGGCACACUGAGAUACAUGGCAGUGAGAGGCUGCGACGGCUGCAGCUGGAGAUGCGGCAAACCUGUCAAGGAACACUGGAGAGGCCGCCGAUUCUUCCGCCCCGGCGAGGUGGUGCUGGAGGUGCAGCACCGGCCCGGGCAGCUCGCCGUGUGGCGGCAGGGCCGGCCGGACGACGUGGCGGAGGUCCCCGUGGAGGCGGACUACGGCACGCUCAGGGUCAGGCCUUUCAACUGGGCCACCGACAUGCCCGUGCAGUUUACUGGUGCUUCGAGGGGCACAGCACAACAGGGUCGUCCCCCAGCACAGCGAGUCAACCUCAGACCGUCCCCAUAGAAGAAGUGAACUUCGAUUCUGUUGCGGUGUGACACGACGCUGUCACGCCGCAGAGAAGGACUGCAAAGCAUCAUUUUCAUAAAAUAAAAUAUCACCUUUGUAUCGUA